AUGCUGUUUCCGUGUGCACCUUACGAGGUUGUUGCAUUUACUGAAGAAAAACUAUCCUUUUCUGGUAGUCAAGGUUUACUACUUUCGGAGCUAUGGGUGGAGAUACAAGGCAAGUUUGAACAAGAAACUGAGUUGGACCUGUUUCAAAAGCAAAUUGUAUGGACGUGGCUCUUUUUCGAUUCAAGAAGAGAAGCAAUAGGAGAAGCAAAAGCAAAAGCAGAGGCAGAAGCAAAAGCAGAGGCAGAGGCAGAGGCAGAGGCAGAGGCAGAGGCAGAGGGAGAAAAUGGCGAUGAUGUCAAAUUUUACGUGACUUAUGAUAAGGAGCCAAUUACCAUAGAGUCGGAUUAUCAAACUUUUUUAGCAAAACAAGAAAAUCCGGCUAGCUUGAAAGUAGUACCAACAAAUGAUACCCAGUGUUUUUAUUUAACAGGCGAGGCCAACUAUGCGCGAUGCGUUCAAUCCUUGGGAGCUUACCCUUAUCAGUUGCUUGUUGAAAUUGCCAAGCAUGGAGAAAAGGGAGUUUGGUCAGUCGAAUUAUCUAACUCAACUGGACAAGAUAAGAGGUCAAUGACGGCGAGGUUAAGUAAGUUGGAACAAGCGGGACUCAUAGUGAAAGAACACAGAUUUUGGGAAAAGGCAAAACUACAUAGCACAUGGACUGUACAUUACCAAUUGGCAAGCAAUACCACUUUAGAACACUCAGAAGAGGACCAGUCAAGCAGGACGCCACAUAAAAUAAGGCAAUUUAUAAUGAAAUCAUUAAAGGAAGCCACAAAUCAAAUUCGAACUUUUAGAGAUUUGAAAGUGGAAUUGAAAAUGAACAAAAAUGAACAGGCAUCUCGUUUGUUCAGCUGUGUUGUUGAUACAUUAUGUGAAAGUGGGUACGUGGAGAGAAUAGAUGUCCCUGACCAAGAGCAUUCAAAGAGACUAGUAUAUGCAUUAAAGUUUUUGAAAGAUUUACCAGCACAAGCAGUCGACGACUUUAUUGACACUACUGAGUUGCUACGUCGAGUUCAAAUCAAGCGAGACCAACAAAAAAUAGAGCCAUUACUUGUAGAAGAAGGAGAAGAUGGUUGUGGUGAUGGUGAUGGUGAUGGUGAUGGACGAGGAGCAGGAGGAGAUAUUGACAUAACAAUAGCAACAUUCAACGAUGUUUUUCCUGUACAAACACAAGUUUAUCAAGCAAUCAAAGAGUCGACAAGUGAUGGUCUUACGGCAAAACAGGUAAUUCAAGGUAUUAUGGGAGAUACUAACCAUCGAGGUAUAUCAAAACUUCUUGAGGUGACAACGGGCUAUCUACUUCUUGGACAAACGCUUAUUCCUCAAUUAGACUACCCCGAAGAAAACUACCAGAUGGCACUUGUUAGACAAAGCGAAACUGAUGGUCGGAUGAAAUUCUACCGCUACUACUCUCGAGAUAAUGUCAAGGGAGAAUUGGAGAAACCGCAUAAGAAGAGGAGACCUCAGCGGAAAACCACAAUCAAGAGUUUAAAAGAUUUAGAACGAGGAUCAAAGGUGAAAAUUGAAAAGACGCCUAAUGGACCUUUACUUGAAAUACCGCAAUCUAUACCAGUUGGUAAAGGGGAUAAAUGUGAAGAUGACGAUAAUGAUCAACUUUUGAGCAAGUUUCUAGAGUCAGUAGAAGAACGUGGCUCGGGAUCAAAGACUAUUGAUAAUGAUAUUAAUGAUAUUAAUGAUAUUAAUGAUGGUAAUGAUGAAAAUGUGGAUGGAGAUACAGUGUUUAAGAAAAAGAGAGGAAGGCCGAGAAAAUACCCGAACAAGGAUGAGUCUGUUUGCGAAUUGAAUGGUAAAAAUAUUGUUGAAAGGGGUAAUACAAAUGGAGCUACUAAGACAAACGAAGAAGACGGUCUGAUAACUGUAAGAAAAAAGAGGGGAAGACCAAGGAAAUACCCAUGUAUCCAAGAGUCAACACCAGAUUCACAAUUUUCCGAAAACCUGCCACCUUUAAAUGAGAACGAGUUGGAGUUGGAAAUAGGGCAAAAGAUCAUAGAGGACAGCACACAAAAUACACAAUCUGAAACAAACACUGUGAAAGCAUCAGUACCCGAAAAGAGAGGGAACACAUCAUCAGAAUUGUAUGAUACUUUGCUGCCAUUGAAGAAGAAGAAGAAGAAGAAGAAGCAGAAAAAAGAGUCUGAUGAAAAUGAUAAUCUAGAUGGUACAUUUUCAACAGCGACUCGUGAAAUUGGUACAGAGGAGGUGUUUCGCGGUGAAAUUGAUGACCAAAUGGAUGUUGAUACACAAGAAAUACAGCCAGAUAAAGAAGCAACAAACUCUAGUCACAAUGAACAUCUAAUAUCCAUAAAACAAGAGCCUUUAACAACAAAUGAGAGUAACAAAAACAUUUCAUUCACUGAUUCCGAAAAUAAAUCUUCAUAUGAAGAAGUACCUAUUAACCAAAGCCAAUCAUUUACGCCAGUUAUAAAAGAUUUAUCAAAAAGCAAGAGAGCUCGAAAACCACAUGAACGAUCAGAUCUCAUGGCUUCAGACGCAACGGGUGCUUUGCGGAGAAAAAAACUUCUUGAAUUGAUAAAAGAAUUGGGAGGUGUUACAGUAGCCAGAGCAAAGUUGGGAAGAACACUAGAUGAAAAGCUAAAAUCAGAGAGACCAACAGAUCCAAAAACAAUUAUACGUGAUAUUCAUAAGCUCCUUGAAAGUGGUGAUUUAGAAGUUCAACUAAUACCUGCAAAAAAGAAUGGAAAAAAUAUACCCAAGAGAUUAUUGAUUCUUACCGAUCCCGAAGAUAGACCGCUGCCUGAUUAUAUUGAAAAAGUCAAAAACGAGUUUGACAAAAUGGACAAAGCUGAGCAAACAGAACGGACGGGACAUCAAAAAAGAAGAGUUGUUGAGGACUCCUAUGUAGUAUUCAAUACAAAAGAAGCACUUGCCAAAAACGGAACAAGGUUGGCUUCUUUGAAAACGAAAGCAUCAAAGACAAAGCUUGGUGAUAGUGGUAAGGUGCAUGCAUCUGCUCAAGAUGGACAUGGGCGUAUUUUGGAACACGAUCACAACCACUACACGAAUGGUUUAUCAUCAUUAUCACAAAAGGAGAUUAAUGUGAAACUCGAAGUUGGUGAUUAUGAAGUAGCAGAAAACUCGAAGGAGCACAAAAAGUCCAGGAAGAAGAGCACUACUAAACAGCAAGGCUCAACAACAACAUCAAGAUUAAAAAUAAGAAGCCGAAAACCACUUCGAGGUCCAACAAUUGGAUUUCCAAUAAUUUUUGACAAAAACGAUGUCACUAUUUUAUUCCGUGCAGUUUGUGUUUGUAAAGCGUUUAAUAAAGCCACCAUUGAUUACGAGGCUGUGGCAUCAUUGUUUCGUGGUUUUGACGGAAAGUCUAUAAGAAGUUGCUGGAACCCUGUCAGGACACAAUUGGGUGGUCUUGAUGCAGUAAACAAGGGCGUGGAAGAGUUUGAGAAUAUCGUAACGCAAGCAAUACAUGAAGGAUAUAUCUCCUCGGCUGAUUUGAAAAAAGUGCAGCUUUCAUUUUUUCUAAAUUUGUGGUCAAGCUUUGAUACGUCAAAAAUCAUUAUCGCCGAUAGAAACUCGUUAUUUGAUACAUUUGAAGAAAAUGUGCUUCAUUAUAAUGUGAUUGUUACUGAGGAUGGGGAGGAUAUACUUGAUCAAAAGGAGUUACUUUCGAUGAAACAAAAGGAGGAAUGGUUAGCAAACAAACCAUUUGACCAUUCAAUAGUGAAAGUAGUAAAGAGACCAUUUGAGGAGAUAAGAACAGCAUUGAUUGCUACAUUUAGAACGGCGUCUCUGGAAGUGAACAAAUCCGCCGUCGAGCGCGUUCUUUCACAUUUUAAUGCCGAUGACAUAAAUCUGGCGACACAAGCAAUGAUUAUUGACAAAGAAUUGGUUCUUUUAGAUUCGAACGUGCUGAAGAAGUUCCAAUUGACUGAAAAAGUUUACAGUGCGCUUUCUGUGCUGACACUGGAGUCAUUUUUGAAGCAAGCUGAUCAUUUCAAAGAGAUGAUUGGAGAAAUCACCAGUAGUAAUAAGGGAUUGGUUUUAUCUCAAGGAAUAAACGAUAGCUGUGUUGCGGAGUUGUUGUCACUUUUGUCACUUGGUUCAAUUUCGUUACUUCACGUGGAUAAACCUUACAAGUUUGAUGGUUAUGAGUCAAGAGCGAUGGAUAAGAAUAGUCUUGAGUGUGAUCUAGUCAUCUAUAAAAGCUCAAUGAACAAUACUCCAUGGGAACAAAAUGUCACAAAAGCACCAGUACCUUUAGGAAGACCAGGAUCAUAUAUAUGGUUGGAUGCAAAUGGGCAGAUAGAUAGUGAGUUAUGGAAAAAAAUCAUUAUUGCCGUGGUUCAUUAUGUACAUUAUCGCCCAGGUAUUCCAUUUGAUGUUUUGUAUGAGAAAUUUCACAAUCUUAUGAGCCUCUUUGAACUCAAUAUCGUCAUGAAAUGGUUAGUUGAAAACAAUUGUGUUUUGUGCGGUAUAGGGGAAGGAUACUGGACAACGAAGAACUGGUUAUCAAUUCUAGGUCUGUGA